AUGUUCACUGGAACUUAUCUGGCAGUUACUAAGUCGAAAGCUCGACAUGGUGUUUGCAAAGGAUGGAGUAAUUUUGCAAGAUCAGCUUGUAGCCAGGAGACGACUAUUCCUGUCAACUCGUUUGAGCGGAGACACAUAGGUCCGGGCGAGAAGGAUAAGCAGAAAAUGCUGGCGACUUGCGGCUUUAAAGUAAGAUUGUCAGAUUUUAAGCUUUUAGCUGAUUUGAUCAUUUAA